AGAGGGAGAGAGAGAAUCAGCAGUGUGUGUGAGGUUGAAGGAUCACUUCUAUCCCGUCUUGUUUUGGGGAGACUAACCUUGUUCAUCUGAGCAUUGUGGGACUGUUUUAUGUUGUUGUUGUCGAGAGAGACGGACCCUUACUCCAGCAUGCUCACUGAGCCUGAGCUACCUCAGGAGUGUAACAGGAUGUCUUCCAAGCGACCAGCCUCUCCAUAUGGGGGGACAGAUGGAGAGGUAACCAUGGCAACCAGCAGACAGCGAGUGGAGGAUGAGGAGAGUGAGGGAUUGGGCGGUGUCAUCCACCUCCCCCUGGCCUCCUACUGCAACAAGGUGUCCCCUCGCUCGCCCCCCAACCGCAACUUGGACAGCCCACCCAACAUGGAGCAUGAUGGCACUAAGGGGAGCUCGCUGAGUCCUUACCCCCAGCACAAUGCUACCUCACCAGGCAAAGAAGAGGGUGGAGGUGGAGGGCGACCCUGCAGCGACGGGGGCUCGGCCACGGGCACCCUGGGCACCCCUGAGAGACGCAAGGGCAGCCUGGCAGAUGUGGUGGACACACUGAAACAACGCAAGAUGGAGGAGCUGAUCAAAAACGAGCCAGAAGAGGCCCCCAGCAUUGAGAGGCUGUUGUCAAAGGACUGGAAGGAUAAACUUUUGGCCAUGGGCUCAGGGCACGUCGGAGAAAUUAAAGGUACCCCAGACAGCCUGGCGGAGAAAGAGCGCCAACUCAUGGGCAUGAUUGGCCAGUUGAGCAGCCUGAGGGAGCAGCUCUUGGCGGCCCAUGAGGAGCAGAAGAAGCUGGCCGCCUCACAGAUGGAGAAGCAGAGGCAGCAGAUGGAGCUCGCCAAGCAGCAGCAGGACCAGAUUGCCCGGCAACAGCAGCAGCUUCUGCAGCAGCAACACAAAAUCAACCUCCUGCAGCAACAAAUCCAGCAGGUCCAGGGCCAGCUCCCUCCACUGAUGAUUCCUGUCUUUCCCCCAGACCAGCGAACCCUUGCGGCAGCUGCGGCCCAGCAGGGCUUCCUAAUGCCCCCUGGCUUCAACUACAAGCCUGGCUGCAGUGACCCCUACCCUCUCCAGCUCAUCCCCACAACAAUGGCUGCUGCUGCUGCCGCCACACCAGGCCUGGGCCCCCUACAGCUCCAGCAGUUGUAUGCUGCUCAGCUUGCGGCCAUGCAGGUUUCCCCCGGGGCCAAGCAGCACGGAGGCAGCCUUCCUCCCCAAGCCAACCUGGGCACACACUCCCCACCCACCAACACACAUUCACAGAGCGACAAGGGCCGCAGCUCCCCACCACCAAACAAAACCAAGGACAGUGAGGGUGCACAGCCACUGAACCUGUCGGCCAAGCCUAAGGCAUCCGAGAGCAAGUCACCCAACUCCCCCCCAACUUCCCCACAGGUGCCGGCUGCUGCUGCUGCUGCUGCCACCAAGCUGGACCCCACCUCCAUGAAGCACAGUAUUGCCCCCUCCAGCAUUGGAGGACCACCGACCAGAGUCAGCUCAAUUGCAGACUUGUUGUCGUCGCUGUCUUCAACAGCCUACCUGAACGACCACGAGGCGGUGACCAAGGCCUUUGCCGAGGCUCGGCAGAUGAAGGAGCAGCUGAAGCGAGAGCAGCAGGUGCUGGAUGCCAAGGUGGCAGCCGUCAGCAACCUCAGCCUCAACAACGGCCGCUCGGACAAGGACAAAGCCGCCUUGGAGAGUCUGAGUCAGCAGCUGAAGCAGCAGGCCGAGAACAAGUUCAGCCACGCCAUGCUGGACUUCACCAUGAGUGGAGACUCUGACGGCUCCCCCAGCGUGUCGGACUCCAGGAUAUUCCGAGAGUCUCGGGGUCGUAGCACCAGCGAGCCACACAUCAAAAGGCCAAUGAACGCCUUCAUGGUUUGGGCCAAGGACGAGAGGCGAAAGAUCCUCCAGGCGUUCCCCGACAUGCACAACUCCAACAUCAGCAAGAUCCUCGGCUCACGCUGGAAAGCCAUGACCAACCUGGAGAAGCAGCCCUACUAUGAGGAGCAGGCUCGGCUCAGCAAGCAGCACCUGGAAAAAUACCCCGACUACAAGUACAAGCCACGGCCCAAACGCACCUGCCUGGUGGACGGCAAGAAGCUGCGCAUCGGCGAGUACAAGGCCAUCAUGAGGUCCCGCAGGCAGGAAAUGAGACAAUACUUCAGUGUGGGGCAGCAGGGUCAGCUGCCCUUGUCCUCUGCGGGCGUCGUUUACCCAGGUGCCCUAUCCAUGGCGGGGAUGCCCUCGCCCCAGAUGCCCUCAGAGCACUCGAGCAUGUCCAGCAGCCCCGAGCCUAACGCCAACCACCACCAGAACCCCAGCAUGCAUAGCCUCAAGGGGGAGGAGCCACGAAUCAAGGAGGAGGAGCUUCGGCUAGACGACAGCAACGGCGAUGCGUACGACGACUUUGACUACGAGGACGAAGAGGCUGACUACGCCAGCGAUAACGAGAAUCAUAUCACCCAAUAGGACGGCGUCAGCACCACCUGCUUUUUUUUAAGCCAAUCACCGCUGGUUAAUCUCACAAAAUCCCCACCAAUCAGGAAGAAAGCUUUCGCUUUUGCCACUCAUUUUGGACCCAAUUACACAAACCCUCCCC